UCGUAUUUCCGGUGACGAUAAAAUGACAACAAAGAAAGGAAAAUAUUUCUGAUUGGUGUUUUUCUAUUAAACUUGUGUUUGAUAAUUGACAGUAUGGAUGCUUGCCAAGCUGUUGAAAAAGAAGUCAACAAAGUUCUUGAAAAAUUUACAGGUUUAAACCAACAUUAUGCGAAUAACUUAGAUGAACUGACGAACUCCAUUCAGAGCAUUCAAAGAGAACUGAACGAAGGACCUGAAGACCAUGAGUUGACAGCCACACAAUCACUGAUUCUAAUCCAGACUUUAAGAAGGCUUAAAGAAGCUGUGUCAAGAUAUGGCCAGGAGCACAAAGAUCUUCACAGUACUGUCUCAAAAGUUGGAAAAUCUGUGGACAGGAACUUUGUAAAUGACUUCUCAUCAGUGAUAGUUGAUAGAGCAUUUGAGGGUCAAGAGAAAGCUAUGUUAUUAAAUGAAGUUGUAUGUGAACAUUUCAUGAGGCAAGGAAUGUUAGAUGUGGCUGACUCUAUUGUUGAGGAUGCUGACCUUGCCAUUGCUGAAGAUAAGAAAGAACCAUUUAUGGAAUUACACAGAAUACUUGGUGCCUUAAGAAUGAAUGAUCUUGAUCCAGCACUAUGUUGGGCACAUACUCAUGCAGUUAAAUUGAGGGAAAUGAACAGUUCAUUGGAAUUUAAGCUGCACAGAUUAAAGUUUAUAAACUUGAUAAAAGAAGGACCUUCAGCACAACUAGCUGCACUUUAUUAUUCUAAAAAUUUUGAAAAGUUUGCAGAUCAGCAUGCUAGAGAUAUACAGAUAUUGAUGGGAAGUUUGUUAUUUCUAAGACAUGGAAUACAGAAUUCAUCGUAUAGCCAUCUUCUCUCUACCAUAUACUGGGAUGAAAUCUGUGAUAUUUUUACAAGAGAUGCAUGUACCUUGAUGGGCAUGUCCAUGGAGAGUCCAUUAAGUGUCAGCAUUAAAGCAGGUUGUAUUGCUCUGCCACCAUUGUUGAAUAUAAAACAAGUGAUGCAGCAAAGACAAGUGUCAGGUGUAUGGAGUAAUAAAGAUGAACUGCCGGUUGAGAUAGAUUUGGGAACUGAUUUCCGAUACCAUUCCGUAUUUGCCUGUCCAAUUCUACGUCAACAGAGUACAGAUACCAAUCCGCCAAUGAGACUAAUAUGUGGUCAUGUGAUAUCAAAAGAUGCUUUAACCAAACUCUCCAGUGGUUCUAAGGUGAAAUGUCCUUACUGUCCUGUGGAGCAAUCACCUUCAGAUGCUCGACAAGUGUAUUUCUAGUCACUGUGUGUAUGCUCUUGGCAACCAAUACAGACUUUAUCGUUUGGUAUAAUGAAAAUCAGGAAGUAUGGACAAACCCUGCAGUGGCAUCUUUUUUGUUGGAAGCUUGAUUAACAUUUCACAUGUUGAAUAUUUAUGAGUUGUACCUGCUGAAAAAAAGUACAGUAUAAUACAAAUGACAGACUUUUCUAUUGGAAAUCAUAUGUCAUAAUGACAUUUGUAUUCAGGAGUUUUAAUGCAAGAAUAUAUAAUUACACAGUGGAUUCCUAGAAAUAACAUCACUUGCCCUCAACCAAGCUGCAAGUAAAAUAUCACCUGUAGUUAUUUGAACAAGGGGAAAAUAUUACUUUAAUGUUUGUAUGAAAAUACAAUCUGGAUAUAUUUAUUACAUAUUGUAAUUAUUAUAUGUGGAAUUAUUUGUUAAUUUAUAUUCAACAAGCAAUGCUUUUCUUGUUUAUAAUAUGUUUUUAAUUUCUGUAUAUGACAUUACAUACAUUGAAGGCAAUUUGUAAAAAAUAAAACCUUCAAUUGACACAGGGAUCUUCUAAUUUUCCACAAAACACUAAGAUAACUUUUAAAAAGUCAUUUUGUUGUAAGAAAUUAUGAACCUGACACUGUAAAGAGUUUGGUAAAUCUCAGGCAGCCAAGGAUUUUUACUGAGAUUUACAAGCCUUGCAUUGGUGACAGUGUUAAAUUGUUUCUCUCACCCUUUUUAGGCUUUUAUAGUUUUAAUGCAUUUAAAAUUAUAGAAAUUGUGUGGAAAAUGUGCACAAUCUUAGAUUGUGAAGCCAUAAAUAUCUUCGUCCAUAUCAACCAUGGUAUAGAUAGUGAUGGUAAGUCUUAAAACAUGAUUUGAAUAGUUUAUUCUUAUGCAGAGGAAAUGCACGUCUGGCGUACUAAAUGAUAAUCCUGGUACCUUUGAUAACUUUUUAUUGUGGUAUUUAGAAGCUUUUAUAUGAAAAAGAGUACAUGUAGCUUCAUCAAGAUUUCACUAGUGAAAAAUAAACUACUGCACUCAAUCAUUUGUUGUUUUAGACAUUAUAGAAUGGCAUUAUGUAGAACCAUCAGCAGGUCUGAAGGUUAAACUUUCAUUCAAAAAAAUAAACUACUUAAAGUUCAUAUUUUCUUGUAUAGAAAGGUUUGGUAAAAUAUUACAAUAUUAUUAAUCAGAUGACUUGGUUAUUCAUGACAUUUUCUGACAUACUUCAAAAUGAGUUUUUCCUUUUUCAUUGAGAAAAUAUUCCCUUAUUUCUAAGGUCAAGCAGCUGUGUUCUCAUAAGCGUUUGUGAAUUAUUUUGGUGAGAAAAAAACUUUUUAUAAGGUAUGGGUUUCACUGCGGAUAUCAAUUAAGGCACUGUUAAGAAAUUUACUUUACUUAAGUAAACACAGAGUUAUGUAUUUUCAUGAGUUUUAACAUUUUCUAUAAUAAUUUAAUUGGAACAAUUUUCCAGCAUAAACCAGUAAUCAUUGUCUUUGAUUUGACUUGAAGUUAAAUUACAUCAUCAUGUGUUAAUGUAAGAAGACGUUUAAAAGUUAUAUUGACUUAAUGCCUUGUAGUUCAGAUAUUAAUAUCCCCCCUUCUUUAUCAUUAUUCACAUGUGGUCUUCACAUAAGCAUAUUAUGCAAAAAACAUUUCAUUUGGUAGCAACCCAUGCUUAACUGCUAAAUCAUGGAAAUCUGACCUUUAACUUCUGAUAAACUGUCCAUAUAAUUUGCCUUUACAUAUUCCACAUGUUAAAGAAUAUUUAAGAAAAACUGUAAAGUUCAGGCAUCAUGGAAUUCAGUAAACUAAAUAAAUAAAAACAGCUUGAUUUCAGUUCAAGUGUGUUGUUUGUUUUAACUUGGUCAGAUGUCCUUGUCUUAUAUUCUUACUGCUUCCAUACCAGUGUGGUCCAUUAUUCAACAAUGAUUCACUUAAGCUGGUGAAUCAUAACUAUGAUCUAUUAGCCACCAAUGAUUUUCUAUGGCUUGUGAAUCACUACAGUGUGAAUCAUUAUUCAUAAAUGUUUUACCAUGGCUUGUGAAUAAGAGUUUUGUGAUCCAUUAUUCAUCAAUGGUUUGUUUGGCUUGUAAAUCAUGAUUGUGUUAUCCGUAAUCUAUCAAUAGUUUAAUAUGGCUUAUGAAUCACCAAAGUGUGAUUCAUUAUUUAUCAAUGAUUCACUAUGGCUUGUGUGUCACCAUUAUCCAUUAAUGAUUAACAAUGACUUGUGAGUCACCCCAGUGUGGUCCAUUAUCCAUCAAUGAUUUAGUUUGGCUUGUGAAUCACUAAAGUGUGAUUAAUUAUCCAUGAAUUAGUAUGGCUUAUGAAUCACCUAACUAUGAUCCAUUAUCCAUCAAUGAUUCACUAUUGCUUCCACAAUGUGAUCCAUUAUUCAUUACUGAUUUACUAUAACUUGUGAUGUCUUUUUUUCAUAAUUGACAUCAAAACACAAUGCAACUUUUUAAUCAGGGACUGGCAGGAAUAAAACAUAUACAAGUUUGUUUAUGAUGUGUAUUUUUUUUAAUUUAUAGACAAAACAAACAAUAUAUAGUUGUGAAUUCAUUUGAAUAAACCUGUCCUAAAGUA